AAGAUAGUUGUGACAUUUGAGGUACACGUGCGUGAAAUAACGGCACGCGCCGCCGGUUUCUUAUCGGGUGAAAACUGCAUUCUCCGGAGAAAGUGUCACUGUUUUUUCUCGACGAGAGAAAUAAGUGUUAAAAGUGAAGUGAGCAUGAUCUAAUGCAGAGUAUCGUUUCGAAUUGGAUGGGACUCUUUUAAAACGAGCUAAAUCAUGGAACAUCAUCUUCACGAAAGAGACAGAGUGGGAGUCCAAGAUGCUGUCCUUCUAGAAGAUUACACAAGUGAAGAUGCUUUCGUAGACAAUUUAAAUAAGAGAUUUAAGGAAGAUGUGAUAUAUACUUAUAUUGGACCAGUUUUAAUAUCAGUAAAUCCAUACAGGGAACUCAAUAUAUACGGGCCUAAGGAUGUUAAAGAAUAUGACAAUAAACAUUUUUUCGAAGUUCCACCACAUGUAUUUGCCAUUACGGAUACAGCGUACCGAUCACUGAAAGAAGAAAAUCGAGAACAAUGCAUAUUAAUUUCAGGUGAAUCCGGUGCAGGGAAAACGGAAGCCUCCAAGAAAGUUUUGCAGUACAUUGCUGAAGUUACAGACCACAAAGGAGAAGUAGAAAGGGUCAAAGAUAAAUUAUUAUUCUCUAAUCCUGUUCUAGAAGCAUUUGGUAAUGCAAAGACGAAUCGUAAUGACAACUCCAGUCGAUUUGGAAAGUACAUGGACAUUCAGUUUAAUUUUGAGGGAAAUCCGGUAGGAGGAAACAUUUUAAAUUACUUAUUAGAAAAAUCGCGAGUUAUAAGUCAGGUAUCUGGAGAGAGAAACUUUCAUAUUUUCUAUCAGCUAAUUAUUGGAGCUGAUGAUACGUUACUGAACAAACUGUUCCUCAAAAGAAAUUUAGGAUCAUAUUAUUAUUUGUCUAAUGGGGUGAAUGGAAAUACAGCAGGCAUUUAUGAUCAGAAAGAUUUUAAUGAAGUUACAAGGGCCUUAAAUACUUUGGAAUUCACGGAACAAGAACAAACCGAAAUGUUCUCGAUUAUAUCAGCAAUAUUACAUUUAGGCAACAUUGGUUUUUCUGAAGAAGAAGGAAAAUCAACCAUACUUAAACCUGAAAUAGUCGAUACUGUUAGUAAGCUCCUUAAUUGUGACUCUGGAGAAUUGAAACAUGCACUGACUCAUCGCACCAUUGAAACUAUACUAGACGUAGUAGUCAGUCCGUUAAAUAGGGAACUGUCAAUAUAUGCGAGAGACGCUCUUGCGAAAGCUGUUUAUGACAGACUAUUUACCUGGUUGGUGACUCGACUUAAUUCUUCACUUCAACCAAAAGAAAAAAGAUCUAAUACUGUAAUGGGUAUUCUGGAUAUAUACGGAUUUGAAAUAUUUGAAAAAAAUAGUUUUGAACAACUCUGCAUUAAUUUUUGCAACGAAAAACUGCAACAGCUAUUUAUCGAAUUAACUCUUAAAUCGGAACAAGAAGAGUAUGAAAAGGAAGGUAUACAGUGGACGCAUGUGGAAUAUUUUGACAAUAAAAUUAUUUGUGAACUAAUUGAAGAAAAACAUAAAGGAUUAAUAGCCUUUAUGGAUGAAGAAUGCCUUAGGCCUGGAGAACCAAACGAUAAAAGUCUGUUAGCCAAGCUCAACUAUAAACUUAGUUACCAUCCGCAUUAUAUAGGUCAUGAAAAGGCGGACAUUAAAUUACAGAAAAUUAUGGGUAGAGACGAAUUCCGGCUUAUUCACUAUGCUGGGUCUGUGACUUAUAACAUUAAAUCAUUUUUGGAAAAAAACAAUGACCUCUUGUUUCGCGAUUUGAGAGAAGCGAUGACCAAUUCAACAAACAAUAUCAUACAAGCAGUAUUUUUAGAAUCAGAACAGAAAAGCAAGAAGCGACCAGAAACAGCAAUUACACAAUUUAAAAAUUCAGUAAAUAAUCUAAUGAGCAUACUAAGGGAUAAAGAGCCUUCGUAUAUCAGAUGUAUAAAACCAAAUGAUACCAAAAGUCCAGGUGUUUUUGAUGAAGAACUUGUAAAACAUCAAAUAAAAUAUCUGGGACUGAUGGAAAAUUUGCGCGUAAGGAGAGCUGGAUUUGCAUACCGAAGAGUUUAUGAACGUUUCUUACAAAGAUACAAAAGUCUGUCUAAAGAAACAUGGCCAAAUUACCAUGGAAAUGCUAAGGAUGGAGUUCAAAUCUUAGCUUGUCAACUUGGCUAUGAAAAAGAUGAUUACCAAAUGGGAAAAACGAAGAUUUUCAUCAGGCGCCCACAGACACUUUUCCAAACUGAGGACGCUUUCCAGUUAAAGAAACAUGAACUUGCUUCUAUUAUUCAGGCAUCAUGGAAAGGUUUAAUGCAAAGGAGAAGAUACUUAAAAAUGAAGGAAGCGGCCAUUUUUAUUCAGAAAAAUAUAAGAAGGUUUUUGGCAAUUCGACUGGCACAAAAAAGACGAAGGGCAGCUAAUACGAUUAGAAGAUUUAUUAAAGGAUUCAUUACAAGAAAUGGAGAACCUACAGCGGAAAAUCGUGCCUUUUUGUGUAUGGCAAAAGUUCAGUGGUUACAUAGAUUGGCCAAAUCCCUUCCAAAGAAAAUACUUUACAGGAAACCUUGGCCACCCUGCCCUUAUGUCUGCAGGGAGGCGUCGGCAUAUUUAGAAAAGCUUUAUGGAGCUCACUUAUCUAGGGUUUACCGUUUAAAACUUACGCCAGAAAGGAAGCAACAAUUCGAACUAAAAGUAUUAGCAGAAAAAUUGUUCAAAGAUAAAAAGAAGAGUUAUGCUGCAAGUGUGCCUAAUUUAUUUAUAUUCGAUAGAGUACCUCAAACCUGUUUAGCUUUAAAACAAGGUUAUACUGCAACUUUAAAUGGAGACAAAGAGAUUUAUUCGACUAGUGUAAUAAAAUAUGACCGACAUGGUUACAAGCCUAGAGAACGCAUUCUACUAAUAAGUAAACAAAAUUUACAUUUAUUGGAAUGCAAAGGUUCCGUAAAACAAAAACAUUGUCUUCCAUUAAAAAGUCUGACUUUUACUGUAUCACCAGAAAAUGACAAAAUGCUCGUAAUUCAAAUACCUGAAGAAUUCAUGAAGAAAGAUAAGGGAGAUCUUAUUUUGGAAGUACCUUAUUUGAUAGAAGCUAUUACGAUGAUUAUCGACACAAUAAAAGAUCCAGAGGCACUAACCAUUAUUGAUAAAUCCCAUAUUGAACACAACAUGAAAGGUAAACAAGGUACUAUUGAUAUACAAGUAGGAAAUCCUGAAAGGAUUCAUAAAGACAAAAGUGGCCACCUAUUAAUUGUUGUAUCGCCCUAAAUGAGGAGAAUCACCCAUCAACACUGGUAAAAACCAAACUGACUCGUUUAUGAAACCCGUCAGUAUAAACA